GCAGCGGGGGAGUCCAAUUAUGGAAGCCUUCGUCGUAACCCGGAGGAGACAAUCGAGUGCGAUUUAGCUUGAAAAUAGGAGCAGAUUUCGCUGAAUGGGGUUAUAAACCACAUCUAUUAUUGACAAUCCCGGUCCGCGGUUUUCUCCGUUGUGUUUCUAAACGGCCAAUUUACCGCUGUCGGUGUGUUUUCGGCCUUGUUUAUACUGUGCAGGGCAGCUUGGAUCAGGGAAGCAGGCCCGGGCUCCUGCGCGAGUUUAACGGCUGUUUCGGCUCCGGAGUGUGUUUUGUGCAGCUCAGCCCUUUAGCUCACCAAAGAAUAUGACCCAGAUGCAACAAUGACAUCCAGAUUUGGUAAAACCUACAGCCGCAAGGGAGGAGAGGGCACGUCCAAGUUUGACGAAGUUCUGUCCACCAAGAGGGGCACCCUCAGCACCAAAUGGGGUGACACCACCUACAAGGCCAAGGUGGGAUCCAAGCGCGCUGGCGCUCCCAAGAACGACUCUGUCCUGGAGGUUUACAAGAGGCCCCGUCCGUGCGGCGACGGCUUGGAGGAUCCGUUUGGGUUCGACAGCGACGAGGAAUCCAAGCCGGUGUCUUCUCGCAGUGGCAGCAAGUCGUCUCCCGCCAAACCGUCCUCAGCAGAGCCUCCUCAAGCGGAAAGGCCAGGUGUCUCUCUUGACACGGGGAGCAGGUCCAGUCUCCACGCCAUGGCGUCUGCUCAAGGAGUGCCGUGGCUGGGCAGUGACAGGAACCAGUCCAGGAUCGUGGAGGACACAGCCCAGUUCUUCAACAGCAGCAGUGCUAGCAUAGGGAAGCCUCAGCAGAGUUCCUCUUUGUCAGAGAACCAGCACAGCUACUCGUGGUACCAAAACGCCUCUGAGAGUGACAGGAUGCCCCUGGCCCAGACCACCACCCUGAAGACGGGUUCCAAGGCUGAGUCCACCUAUGACAACUGGGAUGCUAUCAUGGGUCUCCGUCCACCCUCGCCCAGCCAGGAACCUCGUAACCCGGCCCCCACGCUCUCGUGGGCUACAGCGGGCGUCGCUGCAGGCAGCUGUGACCUGGUGCAGAACCGGCAUCAGAAGCCCCCCUCUCCUCCACGGCUCCAGAGCCCCAGCGAGAGCGAGGACCUAGGGGGUGACUCGGACUUCCUUGUUGAGACGUCAGACUACUCCCAGACCUCCUCCUCCUCCUCCUCGUCGCUUGUAAGAAACACUAACUGUCGGACGUACAGGAGGCCAAACAAAGGCAAGGCCUCGGACUCCAGCGCCUUUGCCAGCACCGUUUUUGGUGCAGAUCUUCCCAAAUCCACGUCUGACGGCAGUAAUAAGACGACAGGCGGUGGAGGAGGACGGGGCAGGACGAGAGACUACACAGUGCUUCACCCCUCUUCCGUGUCGAUGUGUAACGUCACCAUCCAGGACCGAGGGGUGGAGGAGUUUAGCAGCGAUGCAGCGCCCUCUAGUGGUAGCAGUAGUGCCGGUUCAGGCAGUACGACAGAGCUAGGAGAGGCGGGAUGGCAGCGGAAGAAGACGGAACAACAAAACACAAGGUUCAGGCAGACCCAGCCCAAAUCAAAGAAGGACAGUAAGCUGGACCUGUUCGGUUUCGAAGACGCAGAUACCCAUCAGGAGGAGAACAGCUCCGACAACGUGGACGGCGGCUCCAGUUACAAGAUCAAAUACUUCGGCUUCGACGACAUGAGCGACAGCGACGGCGCCGACGAUGACGGCGACGGCUCUAAAGACAGGAGGAAGACCAAGAAGGCUGCUGUCGCCAAGGCGAUCCCGGCGAUGACCGUGGAAGAAACACCGACCAACGACUCACCGGAUCCCAUGGAGAGGUUUGAGAGUUUCGAGAGGCUGGAGAGGCUGGAGAGGCUCGAGAGUCGAGAAAGACCGCCAGCCAAGGAGAACAAGAAGAACUCUGAGAGGCAGGAUAACAGGAUAAGAACAGACGUCCUGGACUUCUCGGAGGAAGGUCUCAGGGUGGUAGCCGGGGCUCCCAGGAGGCCGCCUCAGGGCAAACCGGCCGAGAAGAACCCCGAUUCCUUCCGGAGGAUCUUCAGCGCACACAAGAAGUCUCCCACCAAAGCCGUGUACAACGCCAGACACUGGACGUUGGACAGCGAGGAGGAGCCUCCUCCGUCUUUCCUCUCACGAUCGCAGACAGCUCCUGCGGCGGUCUCAGCAGGAGGGUCGAGUAAGGAGCCUUCAGAUGCUCAGAAGGACAACGGCGUUUUCAAGGCUCCUCCACCUCCUCCCAAGGUCACCAAGUGUGUCACCGUCCCUACAGACCCCUACCAGGACACCGUCACCACACUCAAAUGCCGCAAAGAGCACAAAGAGUUGUAUACAGUCGUCCAGCACGUGAAGCACUUCAACGAUGUGGUGGAGUUCGGAGAGAACCAGGAGUUCACUGAUGACUUUGAGUAUCUGGCUACCGGUCUGAAGAGCGGACAACCUCUCAACACACGCUGCCUUAGUGUGAUCAGCUUGGCUACGCGCUGUGCCAUGCCCAGCUUCAGGAUGCACCUCAGGGCCAGAGGGAAGGUGGCUCAGGUCUUCAAAACACUCAACGACGCCCCACAACACCCGAACCUGGCUCUGUGUACGGCGUCUCUGAUGUACAUCCUCAGCAGAGACCGGCUGAACAUGGAUCUGGACCGUUCCUGUCUGGACCUGAUGAUCCGGCUGCUGGAGCUGGACCAGGACCAGUCGGGUGGGGCCGUGAUAGACUCCACCAGUCAGCUGAGCGCCAGGGAGAUCGCCAAGAUGAAGGAGAAGAUCAGGAAGCUGUGUGACACCGUGCACAACAAGCACCUGGACCUGCAGAACAUAACGACGGGUCAUUUAGCCAUGGAGACGUUACUGUCUCUGACUUCGAAGCGAGCAGGAGACUGGUUCAAAGAGGAACUCCGGCUACUGGGAGGACUGGACCACAUAGUAGAUAAAGUGAAGGAGUGUGUCGAUAACCUGAACCAGGAGGAUGACAAGGAGAAGCUGGUGUCGUCUCUGUGGGGAGCUGAGAGGUGUUUACGGGUGUUAGAGAGUGUGACCGUCCACAACCCUGAGAACCAGAGCUACUUGAUCGCCUACAAAGACUCAUCGCUCAUCGCCUCCAGUGCAAAGGCGUUGAGUAGGUGCGAGGAGAUGAUCCAGCGUUACAGCAGGCAGGUGAACUCAGGUGACAGAGCCGUGGUGGGGAAAGCUGUAGAGAACUGUAUGAGGGCCAUUAUAGGAGUCCUGCUCAACCUGACGCAUGACAACGAGUGGGGCAGCACGAAGACGGGAGAGCAGGAGGAUUUAAUAGUCACGGCUCUGAACUGUGUUCUCAAAGUCCCUCAGUAUCUCCCACAAGAGCAGAGGUUCGAUAUCCGAGUACUGGGUCUCGGCCUGUUGAUCAACCUGGUGGAGUACAGUGCCAGGAACAGGUACUGUCUGAUGGAGAUGGAGAUGGAGGGAGGUCAGGGUCCCUGCGACUCCACCGUCCUGCUCAACCCUCAGCACCAGGACAUAGCCAGCACCGGCCCGCUGAGCGCCAUCGCUGCACUCGUACAGCUGUUCCUCCAGCGGGAGCGGGCCGCCGUCCUCGCCGAGGCGCAGACCGAUGACCUCAUCAAGGAGGCGCCCAAGCCCGCUCUGGACCAGAGUGGAGAGUGGCAGGAGACGGGCGGGGAGAUCCAGUGGGUCGCCAAAGACAACGUCUCAGACAAACAGGAAGACGCCAAGAAGAAGGAGAAGGACGAGGAGGACGAGGAGCUGGACCUCAACAAAGCUCUGCAGCAUGCAGGGAAGCACAUGGAGGACAGCAUCGUGGCCUCCUACACAGCACUGCUGCUGGGCUGCCUCUGUCAGGGGAGCUCGAUGAAUGUGACUACUGUGAGAGAGAACCUGCCUAAAGGAGAUUUCUCCAUCAUGACAGAAAUGCUGAAAAAGUUCCUCAACUUCAUGAACCUCACUUGUGACGUCGGCACCGCGGGACAGAAGUCCAUCUCCCGGAUCAUUGAUUAUCUGGAGCACUGCUAGACACACUCAUACUCUCACACACACUCACAAACAUCAUCACCUCAGCCUCAGUGUAUCGCUGGAAACACACACACACAUCCUGAUCAUCAUCAUCAUCUUCCUCUCCAUGUCGUGACCAGGAUGUCCUCCAGUUAAAGGAACUUUCCACUGGUUUUUUUUUUUUUUUUUUUUUUUUUUUUUUUUAUGUCGGAAACUGAAUGAAAAUCGACUCCUAAUUUGACUUAAAAUGAACUUUAAAUUUCUCCUGACUUAGCGAGACACGAUGGCGUCCAAACAUCAGAACCCCCACCGGCUCUGAUCAUAUUUUAUUUCACCUUUUUAUGAAACUUACAGACCGAGUCAGUAUUUUAUUUUCACCCUUCCUCUAUUUAUAAAAGUUGCUCAGUUCUCGAUCGGGUGCGUUUUUUGCUUUUGAUAAAUUUCCUUUCAGUUCGACUCCUCUCUCACCUGCCCCCCCCUCCUCCUCCCUCCCUCACCUCUGUGUAAACACGCCGCCUUCCUAUCGAUCGGUGACAGAUUGGAGCGGAGCGGCUGUCUUCACCGGCUCCGUCAUCAAAGAGCCGCGAUCACUAAAACAACUACCGACCGAGAUAAUUGGUUUUACGUCUUCGCUUUGAAACCGCCGACCUCCGCUCUCUCACGCUGCGUCCGUCGCCGUCAUCUUCUCCUUGUUUUUUUGCAGCUUUGACCUCUUGUGUCUUGUCUGUCGAAAUGAGACUGUUCACGGCGGAGAAAUCAAAAGUAUUGAUCCUUUUUUUUUUUUUUUUUUUCCACUCUCAAGACCACAGACGUGGCAGGAGUUGAGACCCUGAAUGGUUGUAAGUGUUUGCAUGAGGUCUGUUUUUCAUCUAUGUAUAUAUAUAUAUAUAUAUAUAUACACACUUUAUAAAUAAGAGCUCCUCUGCAGCACACCGGCUGAUUUUAAAUCGGUCGUUCCUCUCGCGCCGCCGCUCGUCAACAACACGUCUGAGGGCUAAAAUGAAAACGACCCUCGAGUUUGUUAAAGCUCUCUGGAACUUUGAGAAGGAAAAAGUAGAAACUUUCUCCCCUUUGAGAGAAUCGAUUGUCCUGUCGCUCGACAUCAAAGCUCUUUGUGUCUCGGUGGGACCAGAACCUGUCCUCCUUCAGCUUCUUUCAAUUACGGCGGCGUGUGUGUGUGUGCUCCCCGCUCGGGAAAAAAGAACCUUCAAUUACAGCACAAAAGCAGCUGAGACGCCCCGGUCUGAGAGGUGAAGACGAGCUGCUUUCAUUCAGUUUGAACUAAACCACCGGCGGAAACACGUUUAAAAGUUUCACUCCAUAGUUUUUUCUCCCUUUUUCGGUUGUUUUUGUCGAACUCGUCUCAACUUUAUGAAAAAAAAUCCUCCUCGAAUCCUUUUGCAACAUCUGUUGUUUCAAAUAUCACAGGAAAGAGUUUUUCUGCUGUAUUUUUACGUCUCCAUUGGCCUGCGUUGUUGUUCCCAGAAUGCAUUUCAGCAGCACCGAGAGAAGAGAGUAGGUGCUGGAAAUUUGUAAAUUGUAGAAAUUGGUGCGUUUCCUCCUUUCUGCUGGAUUUCUUGUGAUGAUUGUGACGACUAAAAGAGGAAAUUUAAAAGCUUCUCUUUUCUUUUGCGGAUGUUUACAUCUCUAAAUUAUUUUCGGAUAUCAAAUAUCUGGAAGAGAGGAAACAUUACAUGAAUCAGCAACAGUUUGUCAAAAAGAUCUGAGGAGAUUUCUCCUUUUUUUUCCGUUUUUUGUUCCUUUUGCGAUACCUCCCUUUAUAAAGGACUUAGAAGUUGUAACUAAUGGCUUUAUUAAUAUUAGUCAAUCAUUUAUUAACACUUUGUAGGUCAGUUGUAAACAUGAGUAAGAAAAUAUGUGCUGCCACGUUGUGUAAAAUCUAUCUGCCUCCAGCAUGACACUUAUACUCUCUGACAUGCUUAUAAAUGUUAUUAUAAAGGUUAUUAAAAAGGGUUUUUUAUAUAAUAACCCGAGUCUGUAGUUGUAAAUGUUCAUAAGAUAAAAAUGUCUUGUAAAGAAACCUCCUGUAGGCAGUCCAGACUUUUCCCCAAAGCUUAAGUGGUUUUAGCUUAAAAGUCAAAGUUAAAGUUAAAGUGUUGCUCCAGCAGUAGUUUGAGAGUCUCAUAAGUCUGGUUAAAGUUAGAUUUAACUAAAAUCUGUGCAGCGGAGACCGAGAUGUUCUGACUUUUUUAGUUUUUAUAAUAUGGAUCAAACUCCAGAAACACUGGAUCCUACAUUUCCCAUAAUGCAGCUGGACGGUUUUUCCUAAAUGCUCCUUUAUUUCAAACCUCCAGUUUGUAACUCAGACUUUCUUUCCGUUUAACGUUUUUUUUACGCUUCAAGCUCAAACUGAGAUAACCUUCAUGACAUCACUAUGACAUCAUCACUAUGACAUCAUCAGGGCGACUUUUUAUUCCACAGACAUAAAUAUCACUCCUGUAAACUGAACUUCAUAUGUUCAUGGAGGGAUUUAAUGGCUCGUAACUAAUUAAUAAAGCAUUAGUGAGCUAAUAACAUUAUUAAAGCCAUUAGUUAGAACUUAUAAGACAUUUGUAAAGGCUGCUUUUUUUUCUGCGUUUACCUUUUAAUUCGGCACGUUGGAGACGAGCUGUCGGGGUGAAACACGGAGGAAGGAUGUUUAAAAUGAGAUGUUACUUUUAAAAUAAUCCUCGACGCUUAAGUUUAAAAUAGGAUAAUGUAGGAUAAGGUUUUGAUGCUUUUCCCAAAGAGAGUGUUACUCUUUUUUUUUUUUUUUUUUUUAAUGAUCAUUUGACACCUUCGUCUGAGCCAAAAUCACCUUUUUUUUUUCAAAAUGUUUCCGUUCUUUAACUUCUCCAAAGUGUUUUGUCAUCAAGGCGGAAAAGAAAACAAAUGUUUGUGUGUCUUUGUUCCUGCAGAAUGUCUGUAGAUGUUUAGUUUGUGUUUUCUGAGAUAAUCCACGGUGGGACGAAUUCGCUGUUUAGACUCGGGGGGGAAAAUUAAGAUUUAAUUCAGUUUCUUUCUUUUUUUUUUUAAAAAUUUCAUUUCUUUCGGACAGUUUCAUCUGCAGUUAAAAGUUGGAAGCACGUUUCAUCAAGCAUGUUCAUUCCGUUGUUUUGUGCUUGUCUGUUCCUCUGUGAUCAUUAACACACACACACAGUCUCUCAUUCACACACAGUUUUACCCUCACACUCCUUAAAAAAAAAACAAAAAAACGUUUACAAGAGCUUUAUUCACAGACGUCUGGAAGAAUAAAUGGAAGAGCUUUUUUUUGUACAUAGUUCUUGUACAUACAUUGAUUUCCUCAUGUAGGAGGAGAGGCUGAUGGGUAAUUUAGGGUUGGGAGGGAUUGUGGGUGGGGUGAGAGGGAU